CGAGCCUCUGACUCCGCCCCUCGCCCAGCGCCGAGCCGGGAUAUAAAGGGGGAUGUCCGAGCCGGUGACAGUCGGUGACAGCCGCCGGAGAGCCAGCAGCCCGCACACCUGAGCUCGAGCUUGCGCAGACUGCAGUCAUGAUCCUGAAUUUGAGGGUGAAGAUGAUGACCGGGAGGGAGUUCUCUGUGAAGGUGGAAGACAGCCUCACCGUCCUGGAGCUGAAGAAACGGCUCGCCCGGCAGGUGGGCACGCCGGCCCACACCCAGAAGCUGGCCACGGAAAGCGGGGAGGUCCUGCUCAACUGGAAGCGGCUGUCGGAGCACCGGCUGAGGCCGGACAGUCUGCUGCUGCUGCUGGUGCUGGAGCAGGACCAGCCCAUGGACGUCCUGGUGCGCACGGACUCCGGCACCAGCCCCUACCGCAUCCUGCUGAGCCAGACCGUGGCCCAGCUCAAGAAGUUGGUGCAGGAGAAAGAGCAGGUCAACACCAGCAUGUUCUGGCUCAUCUUCCAGGACCAGCGCAUGGAGGACAAGGACUACUUGGGAGACUACGGCCUCAGCCCGCUGUGCACCAUCCAGAUGAACCUGAGGCUGCGCGGAGGGCUGGGACAGGGGGUGCUGUAGGCCCCGCGGGGCCCUCGCACCCAGGUGUGCAAGGGAAGAUCUGUGGGGAGGGCUUGCCCUUCUCUUGCCUCCUUAGUUUGACUGUCCUCUGGCCCUGGACUGGGAUCAAUAAAGGGCUGGGGCUGAAGAUUGGGGUUGACGCUCCCCUAUUGACCCGGCCUUCCCCACUCCCCUGGGGCUUGACUCCUCUCCUAGAUCCUGACCCUUUCCCAGCAAGCUCCCUGCCUUAAUUGUUUGGGGCCAGCUGUCAAUUAUGAAGGUCAAUAAAGGAGAAAACCUGCCUCUCA